AACUGAUGGAGUGAGUGCAUGGAUUGCGAGGUGUAGUCAUGGUGAAGCUGAGAAUCAUUUGUACAAGUGUGCAUCUCUCACGUAGCCGAUAAUCAUUGCCUAAUUUUUGCACGAAGCUGAUAAUAUUUGUAACGUGUAUUUUUCUCGAUGCUAAAAUAUUUUAUUUUGGCACGAAGCUGAAAAUACAUAUAUUUUCCUUUUUUUUUCUUUUUACAAAAUCAUUUAUACAAGAGUCAUUACCGACGGAGUGUGUAUGAAGGUGUGUACAUAGCAAGGAACAAUGAGCGUGCAUCUUAUAACAGUCAAGUAAUUUCUUGACACAGAAGCAGUGUGUGUACAGCAGUAGUGAAGCUGAGUAUUAUGUGCACGUGUAUAAUUCUUGAACAAGACUUUUGAAACUGCUCGUGGACACAAGUGGAACAAAAUUCUGAAAAGUAGAGCCAGGAAGUGAAUAAAAUGCCAAUUACUUUUAAUACUGAAAGACUAAUCUAACUCAAUCUUAUCAGACGAUUGGUCCCACUUCACAGCGUAAAAACUCAACUGUCUUUAUAGAUGAAAAUAUGAAAUAUUAUGUAUGUACAUAUUUUGAUGAAGUACCGUCUCAUUCGCGUUGCUGUUUUACUAAUCUACUAUUUCUGGACCAGAUUAGUUUUUUUUUUAAUAACAGAAUUACAAAAUGGCGCUGAUAUCGGCUGAACCUACUAUAUUCAUGUACAUGGCAUCUUAUGGGAUUUUAAUAAUCUUAAGCCAGGAAUUCAUCUUGUCUCGCCUGUGUUUUGCGCAACUUGGAGACCCAGACUGUGGGAACAGCAGCGCCCAUUCAGCGUCUUCUCAGACUUCCCUUAUUUCCUUCACCUUGCCUCUUCACCCUUACCCGAAUCCCGAAGAAGAAUGGACGCCCUUAGGCGGUACAGCGGAUCAGAAUGCUAGGGUGCGGGAAGUGCAGGAGGAGGCUGUGAGGCUCUACAUGGGAGCGACUAUCACCCUCUCCAUAACCUCCAUCCUGUCAUCACAGUUUCUGGGACAUUGGAUGGACAGGUGUUCAAAAAAGGUCCUUAUGAUUGCACCCGUUGUGUGCAUGAUCGUGUGGGCACUUGGAAUCGUGUUUCUGGCCACUUUUCCUCAGUUACCCAUCUACUUGAUCUUCAUCGCCAUCGCCAUUGGUAACAUCUCUGGCGGAUACGUGACUCUGAAGGCGGCGGUGACGAGCUACGUGAUCCACAAAUCCUCGGAGAGCCAAAGGACAGUUCGGCUCAGCAUGUUAGAGGCGGCCAUUUUCCUCGGGGGCGCCGUCGGCCUUCUUUCGCUGCCCUUCCUCACAGACUACCUCGGAGCGACACAUGCUAUGCUUUUCUUGGGUGCGGAGGGUUUGGCAGUCAUUAACUUCCUGUACAUCAUAUUCGUCGUGCCCGAUGAUGGAGGCCCACUCCGAAGCAGCAACGUCGGCGAAGCUGAAGUAAUCGCUCCUGGCGAAUCCCUUCCCCGUGAUCAUAAUUAUGGCUCUUUUCAAGGGGCCGGGCAUUCUGUUCUGUCACAAGGCAGCCACAUUACCGCCAGCCGCUACACAGUCGCCGACAUCGUCGUAACGUCUCCAGAGGGUAAGGACUGUGGGGAUUGCUCCAACCUUCCAGCUAGUCCCAGAGGAGGUGGGAGUCGCUACGGCACUCCUCCCGAGCUCACUGUCAAGCCCGAAUCCCCGGACAACCAUAGUUCAUAUGGCACUCCCACUCCUGACAUAUUCUCGCAGGAGACAUACUCGCGUGCCCGCCAUGCCCUUAGCGCUUCCCUCGGAAUAGUAACGAGCGUAGCGGGAAUGUCUAACCCAGCCAGCAGGUAUGGGACACCUCCCGAAUACCCGUCAGAACUACAGUAUGUCCCAGGUGAUUUCUCGGAAGACGUCGGAAGAUCUCGAUGUCAUUCGUAUCCUGCACAAACACCGAUUAGCAUGCAGCAACGAUCUGCAAAAAUUGGUGAGGUAAAGACUGGUUUAGUAAAGGGAGUCUCCAUGCGUGAUGACUUCUUGACCUUAAGGUUGGGUGAGCACGUCGGGUUCGAGCAAACAGUUGAUGAAGUGGACAGUGAAGAUCUCCAUAAAAUUCAAGGAGCGCCGAACAAUUCGGACCAAGCUCCGGAAAUCAUUGCGGUAACUCAGAGCUUUUGCUUGACUUGUGAUUCCAACCACGAUAGUGAGGAUCAGCCACAGUCACUGUGCUGA